CAAGUGACGCAUUUCCCAGUGGCCGCAGUCUCCCUGUGAUUUCGUCACUGAGCAGCGCGAGCAGAGCAGUCGCCAUGGGCAGCGAUUUCUACCUGCGGUAUUAUGUGGGUCACAAGGGCAAGUUCGGCCACGAGUUCCUGGAGUUCGAGUUCCGGCCAGACGGGAAGCUUCGUUAUGCAAACAACAGUAAUUACAAGAAUGAUGUGAUGAUCAGAAAGGAGGCCUAUGUACAUAAAAGUGUGAUGGAGGAACUAAAGAGGAUCAUUGAUGACAGUGAAAUCACAAAAGAAGACGAUGCACUGUGGCCCCCUCCAGACAGAGUGGGACGGCAGGAGCUGGAAAUAGUGAUUGGCGAUGAACACAUCUCUUUUACCACAUCAAAAAUCGGGUCCCUCAUAGAUGUGAAUCAAUCAAAGGACCCAGAAGGACUACGCGUUUUCUACUACCUGGUGCAGGACCUGAAAUGUUUGGUCUUUAGCCUUAUUGGACUACACUUCAAAAUUAAACCCAUUUAGCUUACUGCUUCCUUAUUUUGUUUUGUUCAUUUUUGGAUGCUGCGCGAAAGGUUUUUUUGCUUUUAAUGUUUAGUAUUUUUUAUUUCUAUGACUCUUUAAUAAAAUGUUGGUAAAACAUGA